AUGAAGUCCCGAAUUCUGGCAGUACUUUGUAUUUUAUCUGUGAUUUGCAAUGAUGCCCUCGGCUGUGGCUUCGGCUGGGGCGGAUAUGGACUCGGCAUGGGUCUCGGUGGCUUCGGAGGUUUUUUCUCGUUUUGCAAGUACUUAGCUUUUUUUGUAUCUUUUCAAUCGCCUAAUUGAGUAUUUUCUCCCAUUUUUGUGAAUAUUAUGAAACUAAUGUAGCUUGCUCGUUUGUGAAUAACUCUUUGGAACAAGAAAUAUGGUUAACGGACGAGUGAGCGGGUUAAUUAUCGUUUGAUUAUUAUAAUUGAUAGUCAAUUGGACUUGCCAUUUUAUGCCAAUUCAAAAAAGAUAACUCAAUUAAAUUUAUUUUCUUAAUUUUAUUUACUUUUUUAAGUCCAGUACGAAAAUUCUUACUUUUUAUCUAAUGUAAUUUACUUUAUUUUAUUCAGUUUUUACCAUUUUACGAUGGGAAUUUUUUUUUGCUGAAACUCAAUUUCAAGUAUGGCUCCGUAGACUGCCAAACAUGGAUAAUUAAGAUUUGUUAUUAUGCAUUUUUUUUGAAGCUUUUUAUGCCCUUUCUGAGUUUUUGUUCAUAUUUCUUCCAGGUUGUGGUGGAGGAUACGGCGGCGGACUGUUCAGCGGUUACGGCAGCUAUGGAAUGGGCUACGGUGGAAUGGGAUACGGUGGCUAUGGACUCUUCGGAGGAUACGGUAGGUUCUUUGGUUCAGUAGUUGACCCUUAAAGAUCUUCCCGGAACUUAAGAACUCGUUUUGAAUGUAGAGUUUGAAGGACCUCCCUUGUGUAAUAGCCAUCAAAAUGUUGAAAAUCUGCUAGGCCUAGGUCUUAGACCACCGGUUAUGGUCCCUAGUUAUGGGACUAGUUCUGUGAGAAACCAGCAAACAAAUAAAUCUUUGCACUGACAAAGACUGAGAUUCAGGCGAUUCAGGUGGAUACGGGUGCAUGGGAAUGGGCGGCUGCUACGGCCGCAAAAAGUGA